AUGGAGCAGCUUCCCAAGAACAGAGACUUGACGAAGGGAAGAUUUGUUGAAGAGGCGAUGCCUGCAGCUUUGAGGAAGUCAACAGGAAGAGAUUCUAUAAUCUUCAUUCGUGACCGAAAUGCUCGUGGUCAGGAGCUGUCUGGUUAUAUUGACUAUGCCCACAGGCUUAAGAUGGAAGAUUUCGAAGUCUACUUCACUGGGAAAAGAAAACUGCUUCCAAGGCCCACAGAUUUGAGCUUUUACAACUGGGAUAGCCACAUUGCUAUUUUGAACUCAAGUCCUAAUUAUCAAGUGAUUGCUGAAAACUGUGAUGGUUUGCUCUUCAAAUACAAGAGAGAUAGGAAGAUUAUCAAUGUAGAUCCAGAGGUUCACCCAGGGGAUAACUCUACAAGAACUCCUAUCCAAACAGACCUCUACCUACAAGUUGUCAUCUAUGACCAUGUUUCCAGAAGAAAGACUUAAAAUUUAACAUCGACAUAAUACUGGGCCAUUUUCUGUUUCUUCACAAUAAGUUUAAAUCACAAGACUUGUAGCUAAGAGGCA